UUGUAAAAUGAGGGGAUUGGACCAGAUGAUCUCAGGGCCAGCUCUGGAGCCAUGAUCCUAAGAGGCCUAAGUAUUUGGAAAUAGGGGGACGGGAAGAGUGUUAAAUUCUAACUCUGCCAUUUGCUUUCUUUUUCACCUUAGGCAACCCUUUUUGAGCCUCAGUUUCCACAUCUGUCAAAAGAGGAAACUCAGAAUGGAUGAUCUCUAAGAUCCUUCCAGCUCUAAGUCCUAGGAUCCUGAGGACCCCUGAGAGAGUUGGGAGUGAGCCCAUUUCACAGAAGAGGAAAAGAGAGGGCCCCCCGAGUGAGGGGUGGGCAGGCUCUAGCUAGUGACUCAGGCUGUUUUUUUCCCGGGCUAAUUGGCUAGUUCAAUUAGCAGGGCCCUGGAAGCCCUCAAGCUGUGUUGGGACAAGGCCAUAUAAAGGCGCCUACGAGGCGCCCUCCUCCAGUCUCCAGCCCCAUUGAGGACUCCCCUCAACGAUGAAGCUCUGUCUGCCUGCCUUGUUUCUGUUGGCUGUGCUGUAUGUGAAUUUUGUUCACUCCCUAGAAUGCCACGUGUGCUGCGGGCCUGAGAGCUGCCGGGCUCCUGUCGAAUGCUCCCCAACAGACAAGCACUGUCUUAUUACCCGGGCAAUCAACUCAAUCAACCCAAACCAUAUCCUGGUGAUGAAGUCCUGUGCCCCGACGUGUCCAAACAGCACCAUUUCAACUGAUGGACAUGCCAUUUCCGUUGCCUGCUGCCAGUCAAAUAGAUGCAACGGGAAGGUGGAGACAGAUGCUUCUGCUGGCCUAGCCAUCAGUCGAGGGGUUCUGUGGGUGGGUGUCUCCGCCAGCCUCCUAUGGGUGCUCCUCCAAGCUUCCUGGUGAGGAGAUUUUUCUUGUCCUUACCACUCUACUGUCCUUAAAGUCUUCUUUUCCCAAGAUAUCUUUACUCAGGACAGAACCUCCAACACCAAAGGACAGAUUUCCUCCCAAAAAAAAGAGGCCCACAGGACAGGGUCUCACUCUUUCCCCCAGUUUCUGCAGGGAAUCCAGAAGAGGUACUCUGUCCAGUGGCCUGGCUCCUUGGGUAUGAGCCUGACCAACUCCCAGUAUUAGCAUUUCUCUUUUACCUUUCCUCUUCCCUUUCUUACCUGGGGUGCUGAUCUUUUCUCUGCUGUUUUUCUGCCUCUUGAGGAUAGAAAAAAAUUUUCUGUUUGGGGGCGAAUAGCCAUGCUUGGGAUGGGGAGGGAAGAGGUCAUGGGGGAACUGUGAAAUUUUAAUGUUCUAAUUAAAUAAUCACUUCCUUCUUCUUUUC